ACACAGGGGAGGAAUAAAUAAUACUGACCGCUUGCCGUGCUAUCUCAGUUGACGCCAUCGCUCGAGGAGGAAACCUCUGCUGCUCGUGAGCUGCAGCUGCACCCACUGAAAGAGGGCCCACCAGGUAAAAUGUCAACUGUAAACUUUGCAGAGCAGGAAAAUACUUUCCUCCAAACACCUUCACUGAAGAUGCGACAACGUCUUCAGUCUGCGCCAGAUAAACUCUUAAAAACUCCAACUACCAAAAACAUCAAUACUCCACUGCCAUCUGGUCGUAAAGUUUUAGGGACUGUCAACAAAAUUUCAACCCCUGCUCCAAAUGCACAAGAGAAGAAACUCCAAAAAGUACAGGAAGCCAAAGUCAAAUGUGCUCCUCAGACGAAAGUGGAGGAAUACCCAGAUAUUGAAAAGUUUAUACCUUAUGACCCCAUAGAGUUCGAAAAAUACAGCAUACCUGAGGAUUUGAUUCGUCUUGGUAGUCUUGGUCUACCAGGACUGGCAUGUAUUCCACAACUUCCCUGUCUUGGUGAGAGGGACCUAGAAGUGGUCAGUCCACUGCCAUUUCCAUCACCUGUAAAGAUGACAAAACAUCCAGAUUAUUGCCUGGAACUGGACGCCUUCCUUCAAACAUUAAGUGAACUGACUGUGGAGCUCCCUCCAGAAUCAGAGACAGACUGAAUCUGGUUCGGAUUACAAUGUUAACUUUUACUUGCU